AUGACCAGCACCAGAGUAUUGCCCUUGUUGCUGGUGUUAAGCCUGUCUGGUUUAGCAAAAGGCUUAAAUGUGCAGCUGGAGAAUAAUGGAUACAAAGAACUGGUUAUCGCAGUCAACCCCCAGAUUCCAGAAGAUCCACUGAUUUUAACAAAAAUAAAGGAAAUGGUCACAGAAGCCUCUUUCAACCUCUUCAAUGCUACUGGCAGCAGAUUCUACUUCAAAGAAGUGAAAAUCUUACUCCCUGUAACCUGGUUAAACACCUAUCAAAAAUCAAGAACUGAAUCUUAUAUAAAGGCAAACGUGAUCAUUGCUGAACCAUACCUAAAAUAUGGAAAUGACCCUUACACUCUGCAAUAUGGUGGAUGUGGCGAGGAGGGGCGAUAUAUACAUUUAACACCAGACUUUUUACUGGAUGACAAACUUAUUUCUGUGUAUGGGCCCAGAGGCAAAGUGUUUGUACAUGAGUGGGCCCACCUUCGAUGGGGAGUCUAUGAUGAAUACAAUGAGCAAAAGCCAUUCUAUAUAUCCAAUGACAGAAAGAUUGAACCAACAAGAUGCUCAAAAGACAUCACUGGCAUCACAGAGGCUCUGUCCUGUACAGGAUCUUCCUGCUCUGUUCAGAAAUGCUCCAUCGACCCAAUUACAUCAUUACCAGCAGGGAACUGCAAGUUUUUUCCAAACAAACAACAAAAUACACCAGCAUCCAUAAUGUUCCUCCAGAGCCUGUCCUCUGUAACACAGUUUUGUGAUGACAACACCCAUAAUUUCGAAGCUCCAAACAUGCAAAACAAAAUCUGCAACUACAGAAGUGCGUGGGAUGUGAUCAAACAUUCGGAGGACUUUAAAAAAAGUGUCCCCAUGACGACAACUCCUCCAGAUCCCCAGUUCACAAUGAUGAAAAAGGGAGAUCAAGUAGUGUGCUUAGUACUCGAUGUUUCUGGAAGCAUGGCUGAUUUCAAUAGGCUGAAUCGUAUGCGUCAGGCUGCUGAACUCUUCCUGCUUCAGAUUAUUGAACAAGGCUCCUGGGUUGGAAUUGUUUCAUUUGAAUCCACCGGAAAAAUUUUAAAACCUUUGAGUCAGAUUGAGGAUGAAGCUUCUCGGAAAGCGCUAGUAAAUGCCUUGCCUAAUGUUGCCAGGGGUGGAACACAAAUCUGUAAAGGACUAAAUACAGCAUUCACGGUACUUAUGAAAGAUGAUUCAAGUACAUAUGGUGAAGAAAUUGUUUUGUUAACUGAUGGAGAAGACACCACAGUGGGAAUCUGUUUAGAUGAUGUACGAAGAAGCGGCACCAUUAUUCACACAAUAGCUCUUGGACCAAAUGCAGCAAAAGAACUUGAAACUAUGUCAAACAUUACAGGAGGGUUACAGUUUUCAGCUACUGAUAGCUUGGACUCCAAUGGACUCAUCGAUGCCUUUGCUGGCAUUUCAUCUGGAAGUGGCGAUCUUGCUGCACAGUCUAUUCAGCUUGAGAGUUCUGGGCAGAAAAUUUCCAGCCAAGCCUGGUUUAAUGGGACUGUGUCCAUUGAUAAAACUGUGGGAAAUGACACCUUUUUCACAGUCACAUGGGAGAAGAAUGAGCCUGAUAUUUAUCUAACAAGCCCAGCUGGCAAAACCUUCACUGCAGCUGACUUCAUUAAAGAUCCUGUUUUAAACACUGCCCGGCUUCUAAUCCCAGGAACAGCAGAGACAGGGGACUGGCAAUACAGCCUGUUUAACAAACUGGACACUCAGACUGUAACCAUGACAGUGACGUCCCGGGCAGUAGACAGCAGUGUACCACCAGUGACAGUCAACGCCCACAUGAAUCAAGACACCAGUGCUGGGAAUGCUCCAAUGGUGGUUUACGCUGAAGUUAGCCAGGGUUUCCUGCCUGUACUGGGUGCCAAUGUGACAGCCUUUAUAGAAACAAACAGUGGCAAUCCCUAUGUUCUUUCACUUCAAGAUGAUGGUUCAGGUGCGGAUGCUGUCAAGAAUGAUGGGAUCUAUUCACGAUAUUUCACUGCCUUUAAUGGCAAUGGAAGGUACAACCUCAAGGUGAAAGUACAGGGAAGUGAUGGUACAGCAAGACUGGCUGUUAGAAGACUGGGUCGGGCCAUGUACAUACCAGGAUACGUGGAAAAUGGUAAAAUUGAAUUGAACCCUGGAAAGCCACCAGUCACUGAAGAUGAUUUCCAGGCCAAUAUAGGCAGCUUCAGCAGAAGCACUACAGGAGGUACAUUCACAGUAGCGGGGAUGGUUGGAAAUACACCUCCAAUAUUCCCACCCUGUAAGAUUUCAGACUUGGAAGCAGAACUGAAACAAGAUUCUAUAUUUCUGUCAUGGACUGCACCCGGAGAAAACGCAGACCAGGGAACAGCUAAAGCGUACGAGAUUCGGAUGAGUAAAAGCCUGCAAAAACUUCGGGACGAUUUCAGUGCUGCUGUUCUAGUGGACACAUCCACACUUUCACCUCAUGCCGCAGGUUCCACGGAACAAUUUGGAUUCCUGCCAGAUGAAAUAAGUAUAGAGAAUGGAACAAUUCUCUACUUUGCAACACGAGCCUUGGGAAAAAACGAUGUUAAGUCAGAGGUCUCUAAUAUUGCCCGGGCAGCUAUGAUAAUACCACCAAACAAGCCCACUGAAAUAAAUCCGGGCAGUAAUAUCACUAUGAUUGUUUUAAUAGUAACAGGAACCGUGGCAGGUGUUUGCAUUCUCAUCAGUGCAACUUUGUGUAUUAUGAAGAAGAAACAGCAAGUAAGAACCAAUCCAGUGGCCUGAACAUGAAUCAAAUUGUGAACAGACCUUCUUUCUGUUAACUGUAUCUGAGCAGUGGUGGAUCUGAAUACCAGAGCACUGCACCUCUAUAUUAAUCCAGCUAGUGUUUUAACCCAAAGGGUCAUUUAGUGGACCCUUUAUAUUUAAAAAAAUAAAGCGGAAACAAAUAUUCAGAAGAACUAGUUUUGGAAUGGUGUAACAUCAAAAUUAGCUUCCUGUGAAAAUAUGUUUUCUAUUGUAAAUUAAUGCCAAACAGAUCUUCUCUUCAUUGUACUUUAAUUUAACUCCAUUAAAAUAGCAAUGGCAUGAUAUUAAAAGAUUUGGUAUCAAUGCAACCAAAACAACAUUUAGGCACAAACUU